AUGUCGAACAAUGUCAAGUGGUCGGAGCUUAACGCUGACGUUCUCCAAUCAAUCCUUGAACGUUUGAGCAUCAUUAAUUAUCUAAAAGCUCGAUCCGUUUGCAAGAAUUGGCACGUAGUUUGCAAACAAAUUUCUUCAAUACAAGACAAGUUUCCAUGGAUAAUAAUCUUCCCUCGUAGAAGACCAAAGAGCUCUACAUGUCAAGUGUUCAAUCCCCAAGAAGGUAAACUUUACACACUGAGAAACCUUGGCAAUGACUUCUCCACACACCAGUGUAUAGCAACUUCUGGAAGCUGGCUUUUAAUGUUAGACCUACGAUCAAAUCUAUACGUUUUGAAUGUUUUCACACGUGAGAGAAUCGAUCUUCCGCCAUUAGAGUCACACCAAGGGAGGCUACAAGUUCAUAGAUUACAAAACAACGCAUUCAACUUCAUGAUCAAUCAAUCAUCAGCACCGGCAAGAAACGUUCUAAACCGGACAAAAGCGGUUUUAUGGGUCGACGAGAAAACCAAAGGUUACUUAGUCGUCUGGUCGAUAGGUCUAUCUUAUAUAAUGUAUACUAAGAAUGGAUUCGAUUUCUGGAGAGAGAUACCUACAAAAGAAGGUCCUGAGAAUCUUCAUGGAUGUCAAGAUAUUGUCUACAAAGACAACAAUCUUUACAUUUUGACAGGUCUAAACCGAAUCAGAAUCUUGGAUUGCUCACAAGAACUCCCUAGAGCGUUACUAGACAACGUUGAUGAUGAUCCGUUUAGGGAUGAUCAAAGACGGCGAGGUAAGAUCGGUGUUACCGUCUCUGGAGAGGUUUUGAUGGUUAAGAACCGGUUAAAGCAGGUUUUCAACAUUUUAAAGAUGAAUUCAGAUGGGACAAGUUGGGAUGAGGUGGAGUCAUUAGGGGAAGAGUCUUGGAUCACUGAUCUUGGUGUGACUGUACCAGGAGUUGAUGGGAGUAGACCAAACUCGAUUUAUUACAGAGAUAGGUCUCUUUAUUGUGGAGAUCUUUCGGUUCAAGUGUUGGAGAUGAUCCUAGAGGUUGACAAGAAUGGUCACGCGAGAUGGUUUAUUCCUAGUCUUCGUGAGUUGUAA